AUGAAUGAGAAAUUGGACGAUAUUAGUAAAGUGAUGUCAUCUCUGUCCAACAGAAUCAGGGAAGUGGAAAAGAAGCAGUCGGGUGAUGACACUGCAUUCCUGCAAAGCUACAAGACCUAACCCUUGCAGAGGACGAAGAGAGUCUUCCAGACAACCCACAUAGGUUGUUUAUCAUAGACAUCCUGGGCUCAGAGGGAUUCACCUCAGGGAUUCAAGGCUGGGAGGUGGAUGUGGGGUACAAUGAAGGGUACUGUGAAGAGUUGUUGGUAGGGGUGGCCACAGAGUCCCUUUGGAAAGACGGCCAUGGAGACAACUAUGAGGAUCACAUUUUGUCUGUAGGAGUGAUGGAAGGACUGGGACAAAUGAGUCCUUCUAUGAUCGUAACCACAUCACCUCCAAACCUUUAACCAAACAUUUACAGAGCUGGUGUAUCCAUACCUCUAUGUCGGUUUGUUGAACAAGGAUCCGCUGUAUAUUCUACCAAUGAAGGUUUCUGUAAACCAUGCCAAAUAAGAGUGUACUUUAGAGGUGUAAUGGUACAUGUAUUCGUACUGAACCUUUCGGUACGGGGACCUUGGUUCGGUCCACACUGUGAACCCGAAUUAAUACCUAAAAAAUAAAUAUUUACAAAAUGAGAACACAAUGCCUAUAGGCUAUGACUACGCUGCAUUGUAUGCCUAUGCCUCUUGAGUAAAUCUGAGCUGAAACAAAAAAACAUUUCAGGCUAUUCCAUUGAAACAACUAGAGACUAUGCGCACGUUGUAAUACAAAUUAUCAUCUUAAUUGACGCAUUUCAAACUGUCCUUUUGUGAGGCGCAGCCUGGAACUAGUUCUGUUUGAUGGCGAGUGGUGGGGUUGAUAAAUCAGAAUUGGAGGAUCCUUAAUCAUCGUUUAAAUCUCCAGUUUGGAAAGACUGGCUUCCCAGUAGAUUGCAAGGGCGAUGGACAGAGUUGUGGAUAAAACAUUAACAGUAUGUCGCCACGCUCAACGAGAAUAGCCUAUGCAUCUGCCAACACCUCAGAUAUGUUGACAGAUUUUGCCGACAUCACCCCAGUAUACCGGAGCAAGACGGAAAUGCAAAGAAACAACAUCUUCUCCCCUCUGCAUUGAAGCAGCCCUUGGCAUCUGAUCUGACUGGGCCAAAGAAAUUACAAGAGCGAUAGGCUAUGUUUAUAUUGUUUUUUACAGUCUUUAGUUUAAAGCCACGGAUGUGCACCUAUUCUCGGUGGUUGAGAAUAGGGGGUUUCAGCACCUCGUGAACGUGCUCGAGCCACGUUACGAACUUCCCUCUUGCAGCCAUUUCAGCAAACAGGUGACCUCUGACAAAUUAUAGAGUGCAAAAACCACAAUACUGUAGAUUGCUUUUUAUAAAUAAUGUUUUGUUGUUGCAUUUAACUCCCGAGAAUGCUGUUAUAGAGGCCAUUUCCUUACUAAGGAAAUGGCCUCUAUAACAGCAUUCUCGGGAGUUAAAUGCAACAACAAAACAUUAUUUAUAAAAAGCAAUCUACAGUAUUGUGGUUUUUGCACUCUAUAAUUUGUUAACAAGCCUUAUAGUAGUACUUUUAGUUUAUGGUUGACAGUUUGUUGGCCGUUAGCCAAUCUGCGUUUCUCAAUGUGUUCAAAUCACAUGAAUGCAUCCAACUGGUAUUUAAGACUUCACAACUGGUAAAUGCCCACAUCCCACAUGAUUACAAAUACUGUCACACCCUGGCUCUGGGGACUCUAUAUGUUGAGCCAGGGUGUGUAGAUUCUAUGUGUUUGGUUUCUGUGUUGUAGUUCUAUGUGUGCUAUUUCUAUGUUGGCCAGUGUGGUUCUCAAUCAGAGGCAACGAGUGUCAGCUGUAGCUGGUUGUCUCUGAUUGGGAACCACAUUUAAACUGCCAGUUUACCCACAGUAGUUGUGGGAUCUUGUUCCGUUUGGUUUGUUCCGUGUUGGUUGUUAACCUAGGACGUCACGUUGUUCGUUUAUUGUUUUGUUCUUGUUUUUUUUAUUUCACCUUUAUUUAACCAGGUAAGCCAGUUGAGAACAGGUUCUCAUUUACAACUGCGACCUGGCCAAGAUAAAGCAAAGUAGUGCAAUAAAAACAACACAGAGUUACAUAUGGGGUAAAAAACAUAAAGUCAGAAAUAUAACAGAAAAUAUAUAUACAGUGUGUGCAAAUGUAGCAAGUUAUGGAGGUAAGGCAAUAAAUAGGCUAUAGUGCAGAAUAAUUACAAUAGUAUUAACACUGGAAUGCUAGAUGUGCAAGAGAUUAUGUGCAAAUAGAGAUACUGGGGUGCAAAAGAGCAAAAUAAAUAACAAUAUAGGGAUGAGGUAGUUGGGUGGGCUAAUUUCAGAUGGGCUGUGUACAGGUGCAGUGAUCGGUAAGGUGCUCUGACAACUGAUGCUUAAAGUUAUUGAGGGAGAUAAGAGUCUCCAGCUUCAGAGAUUUUUGCAAUUCGUUCCAGUCAUUGGCAGCAGAGAACUGGAAGGAAUGGCGGCCAAAGGAGGUGUUGGCUUUGGGAAUGACCAGUGAGAUAUACCUGCUGGAGCGCAGACUACGGGUGGGUGCUGCUAUGGUGACCAAUGAGCUAAGAUAAGGCGGGGAUUUGCCUAGCAGUGAUUUAUAGAUGGCCUGGAGCCAGUGGGUUUGACGACGAACAUGUAGUGAGGACCAGCCAACAAGAGCGUACAGGUCACAGUGGUGGGUAGUGUAUGGGGCUUUGGAGACAAAACGGAUGGCACUGUGAUAGACUACAUCCAAUUUGCUGAGUAGAGUGUUGGAGGCUAUUUUGUAAAUUACAUCGCCAAAGUCAAGGAUCGGUAGGAUAGUCAGUUUUACGAGGGCAUGUUUGGCAGCAUGAGUGAAGGAGGCUUUAUUGCGAAAUAGGAAGCCGAUUCUAGAUUUAACUUUGGAUUGGAGAUUCUUUAUGUGAGUCUGGAAGUUGAGUUUACAGUCUAACCAGACACCUAGGUAUUUGUAGUUGUCCACAUACUCUAGGUCAGACCCGUCGAGAGUGGUGAUUCUAGUCGGGUGGGCGGGUGCCAGCAGCGUUCGAUUGAAAAGCAUGCAUUUAGUUUUACUAGUGUUUAAGAGCAGUUGGAGGCUACUGAAGGAUUGUUGUAUGGCAUUGAAGCUCGUUUGGAGGUUUGUUAACACAGUGUCCAAUGAAGGGCCAGAUGUAUACAAAAUGGUGUCGUCUGCGUAGAGGUGGAUCUGAGAGUCACCAGCAGCAAGAGCGACAUCAUUGAUAUACACGGAGAAAAGUGUCGGCCCAAGAAUUGAACCCUGUGGCACCCCCAUAGAGACUGCCAUAGGUCCAGACAACAGGCCCUCCGAUUUGACACACUGAACUCUAUCUGAGAAGUAGUUGGUGAACCAGGCGAGGCAGUCAUUUGAGAAACCAAGGCCAUAACCUUUGUUAUCACUAAAGAUAAUAAAGUAUGUUCGCUCAUCACGCUGCGCCUUGGUCUACUCCGUUCAACGAUCGUGACAGGAGAUCCCACCAUACCAGGACCAAGCAGCGUGUCCAGGAGCAGGCAGCCUGGACGUGGGAGCAGAUAAUGGACGGGCAGGGGUCCUGGACCUGGGAGGAAAUCCAGGCCGGGAUGGAUCGCCGUCCAUGGAAGGAGACGGUAGAGGCGCGACGGAGAGAGGAGCAACGGCGUCAACAGUGUCGUCGUCGGACGGACGAGAGGCAACCCCAAAACAUUUUUAGGGGGGGGCACACGGCAUGGGCGACGGGGCAGCAGGAGGCAGCUACAGGGCGUAUUAGGAGGUUAGGUGAGGAGGCCACCAGGUUAAGGGGGCUAUUGGUGCAGAGGGAGCAGGAGUUAGUGGUGCAGAGGGUGGAGCUACUGGAGGCGAUAAGGGAGAAGGUGAGAAUAGAAGCACGGCGAGAGGAACUGUGUAGGCAGCUGAGGGAGCGGAGGGUUAUGACGAAACCCAGUCCCGCUCCUCACACCAAGCAAGUGGUGUGCGUCACCAGUCCGGUCCGGCCCGUUCCUGGUCCCCGCACUAAGUUGAUGUUGCGCGUCGCCAGCCCGGCCCGGCCUGUUCCUGCCACUCGCACCAAGCCUACGGUGCGCGUCGCCAGCCCGGCCCGACCUGUUCCUGCCACUCGCACCAAGCCUACGGUGUGCGUCGCCAGCCCGGCCCGGCCUGUUCCUGCUCCCCGCACCAAGCUAAUGGUGCGCGUCGCCAGCCCGGCCCGGCCUGUUCCUGCUCCCCGCACCAAGCUAAUGGUGUGCGUCGCCAGCCCGGCCCGGCCUGUUCCUGCUCCCCGCACCAAGCCUACGGUGCGCGUCGCCAGCCCGGCCCGGCCUGUUCCUGCCACUCGCACCAAGCCUACGGUGUGCGUCGCCAGCCCGGCCCGGCCUGUUCCUGCCCCUCGCACCAAGCCUACGGUGCGCGUCGCCAGCCCGGCCUGUUCCUGCCCCUCGCACCAAGCCUACGGUGCGCGUCGCCAGCCCGGCCCGGCCUGUUCCUGCCACUCGCACCAAGCCUACGGUGCGCAUCGCCAGCCCGGCCCGGCCUGUUCCUGCCACUCGCACCAAGCCUACGGUGCGCGUCGCCAGCCCGGCCCGGCCUGUUCCUGCCACUCGCACCAAGCCUACGGUGCGCGUCGCCAGCCCGGCCCGGCCUGUUCCUGCCACUCGCACCAAGCCUACGGUGCGCGUCGCCAGCUCGGCCCGGCCUGUUCCUGCCACUCGCACCAAGCCUACGGUGCGCGUCGCCAGCCCGGCCCGGCCUGUUCCUGCCACUUGCACCAAGCCUACGGUGCGCGUCGCCAGCCCGGCCCGGCCUGUUCCUGCCACUCGCACCAAGCCUACGGUGCGCGUCGCCAGCCCGGCCCGGCCUGUUCCUGCCACUCGCACCAAGCCAGGGGUGCGAGUCGUCAGCCCGGUACGGCCCGUUCCUGCUCCACGCACCAAGCCAGGGGUGCGCAUCGUCAGCCCGGUACGGCCCGUUCCUGCUCCACGCACCAAGCCAGGGGUGCGCAUCGUCAGCCUGGUCCGGCCCGUUGCUGCUCCACGCACCAAGCCAGGGGUGCGCAUCGUCAGCCCGGUCCGGCCCGUUCCUGCUCCACGCACCAAGCCUGGGGUGCGCGUCGUCAGUCCGGCACAACCCGUGCCUGGGUCACCGGUGCCUGGUCAGGUACCGGUCAGUUGCUUCACACCGGAGCUUAAGCAAUCCGCUCCUACGAUGUCCAGUCCAGCUCCAGCCAGCGGGGCCAGACCGGACCAGGGGCGCUACGGGGGGAUUAUUGGAGGGUGGUGGGCAAGCCCGGAGCCGGAACCGCCUCCGAGGAGGAAUGCCCACCCAGCCCUUCCCUGUUUGGUUUAUGUUAAGGCGCGGUCGCAGUCCGCGCCUUUGGGGGGGGGGUACUGUCACACCCUGGCUCUGGGGACUCUAUAUGUUGAGCCAGGGUGUGUAGAUUCUAUGUGUUUGGUUUCUGUGUUGUAGUUCUAUGUGUGCUAUUUCUAUGUUGGCCAGUGUGGUUCUCAAUCAGAGGCAACGAGUGUCAGCUGUGGCUGGUUGUCUCUGAUUGGGAACCACAUUUAAACUGCCAGUUUACCCACAGUAGUUGUGGGAUCUUGUUCCGUUUGGUUUGUUCCGUGUUGGUUGUUAACCUAGGACGUCACGUUGUUAGUUUAUUGUUUUGUUCUUGUUAUCACUAAAGAUAAUAAAGUAUGUUCGCUCAUCACGCUGCGCCUUGGUCUACUCCGUUCAACGAUCGUGACAAAUACAGCAUCAUAGUGGACACUUGAGAGGCCCAACAUAACAAUCCGGUAACAACAGACAAUGCAAGCAACAUUGUGAAUGCUAAACAUUGUGAAUGGGAUUAAAUGUUCCCGCUGUACAAAAACUGAACCGAACUUUGACCACAAAACGUACCUAACUGUGGGUUUGGUGAACCGUUGCAUCUCUAGUGUACUUCCAUUUGUUUGAAUUCUCUACUGAAAGAAUGUAAAAUGUUGUUAGAAGAGGAUUGCUGCAGUGCCAUGGGUUACGUUGUUUACGCUGUUCAACUGAACUUUUCUUUUACAAACAGCUGUAAUGUUCCAGAACAGAUUUUACUCAGUUGCUGUUGAAAGAAAAUUGCUGCAGUGGCAUUUCUUACAUUGUUCAUUUAAAAUACUUUUACAUUUUAAAGUUAAGUAUCUGUUUCAACUUUACGAGAUAGAUCAUUAAAGCUUUCAAUGUCAAAUGUUCCGGUCAAUAAAUUAUUUCGAAUAAAGAUUAUAGCAUAAGUAACUAAACAGAUUUUUCUUUUGAUUGACAGACCAGUAACUAACAUGUUACACUUUCAAGAAGGGCAUUAUUGAAAGUGUAAAGGUACUUGUAAAGGUAGCAAACAUUUAAAGGGGCAAUCUGGGAUUAAUACCUCAAUUCUUGAAGAAUAUAACAAACGCCUCACCAGACCCCAAAAUAUAGCUUGUUUUAUUCCAUUAUUUGUAAACAAUGUAAUUGUAAAGAAACACUGUAUAUCUUCUAAACAUUGUUAAAACUAUCAUUUUGGCAUCCCGAGUGGCGCAGUGGUCUAAGGCACAGCAUCGCAGUGCUUGAGGCGUCACUACAGACCCGGGUUCGAUCCUAGGCUGUGUCACAACUGGCUGUGACCGGGAGUCCCAUAGGGUGGCGCACAAUUGGCCCAGCAUCGCCCGGGUUAGGGGAGGGUUUGGCCGGUGGCCUUUACUUGGCUCAUUGCACUCUAGCGACUCCUUGUGGCGGGCCGGGCGCCUGCAGGCUGACCUCAUCGUCAGUUGAACAGUGUUUCCUCCGACACAUUGGUGCGGCUGGCUUCCGGGUUAAGCGGGCGGGUGUUAAGAAGCGUCAUGUUUCGGAGGACGCAUGACUCGACCUUCGCCUCUCCCGAGCCCGUUGGGGAGUUGCAGCAAUGAGACAAGAUCUUAAUUGGAUUGCAAUUGAAUAUCACGAAAAAGGGGUUAAAAUAAAAAUACAGAAGUAUAUGGAUGGUCAGGCCUUGCAUCCAUAGCCUUGUCAUUAAUGGGGUUACAUUUCUCCAGCCCCAUCCCUCAGCUGUUUACCAAAAAAAGUGUCCGGGUAUCCUAAUUUUUAGAAUUCCAGAUUGCUCCUUUAAUUGAACAGGAAACUGUGUGUGUGUGUGUAGAACUAAGAUAACUUAAUUUGUAAUAGCCUAUUGCUUACACCUCUCCAGUCAACUCUAUAAGGGGUGAAGAAACUAGGGGUUGGUUAGGUUUGUAAUUGACAACCAGAUACUUGGAGCUUGAGAUGUGUGAUGCAGAGUGAUAGAGCAGAGGUUAGAAGUCAGGGGUCGGCUCAGUGCUGAUUGAAUUAAAGGGGUGUUCAGGGGGAAAGGGGUGUGGCUAAGCUCUGGUAAUUCCCCUAUAAAUCUCAUUGUCGGGGGGCAUUUACAGGGUAGGUGGUUCUUUACAUUGCUUUCACACAUUCAUACAAACACACACACACAGUUGUGUAUUACUAUACAACAAUUGAUUCCCAUUCAAAAUUAUAUUUCCCCAAACCCCUAAAUCUAACCUUAACCCCUAAGCCUAAAAUUGCCUUUUUCCUUUUUAGGACCAGCCAAAUGUCCUCACUAUUCUUGUGAGGACUUCUGGUCACAAGUAUAGUAAAACAAAACAAAAAACACACACAGACAGGCUACAUACCCGACGCCCAACAGUUGUGAAGGGUGAAUCAUCAGUUUAACCUUAUCUGUCCUGCAAGGUCAUUAGAUUUGAAUGUUCAACCCCCUCAGGGUCUGUUUGGUAGAGCCCAGAGGGUUUUGAAGUGGUUUUGGCAUUGGAUCAGAACACUCCAUCUUCAUAAUGGGGGAGCCAUUCAAGAGGGCCAGAGGGAAAGACAAGCAGCUGUUAUUCUUAGAAACACCCAGAUGACUUGUCAGAUUGAUUGUGUGUGUGUGUGUGCGUGUGUGUGUGUAUGUGAUCUGCUGUCUGCGGAUAGUGGCUCUGUGUCAGAGAUAGGUGACACACAUUCACUAACAGCUCUCAUUAUACCCUAUGGGCUCCUAGCACCAUGUCAACCAUCACACACAACACACUGACACAUGCUCUCGCACAUUCAAUAUGGGCCUGACUAACUGCCUUGAUCCCCAGCAAUAUUGUCAUAAUAUUAUCCUCAGCUCCCAUUUCAACAGCCUGACCGGCCACCCCCUGCGCUGACAGACACAAUCCCUCUAUCCCCCUCCUCUCCUAGAUAUGUUCUAUCAACCACAUGGUUCCUUCACUCUAUUCUUUUUCUGUGUCGUUUUAUUUCACUUUUACAACACUGCUUGUGUUCAAAAGCUCUUUGAUCAUUCUUACACACAAACACUUUCUCUCUUGUGCGUGUGUGGUGUGUCCUUGGCAAAGCUGGGUGACAGAGAGACAGGGACCCUGUAGCUAGGGCUGGUAGGAGAUUGAUGUGAAGAAAAAAUGCCAGCUUGAGGGGCAAACGCAUGUACACACACUCAUCUGUGGCGUAGAGGUGUGGUCUGAUAGGAGCUGUGAGCGUGUGAAGAGAAGCCCUGGGUGGGAUGGAUUUCCGAAUGCACUAUAGAUGUGGACACAAAAGAGAUAAUGUGCUGGCACUUAGCAACAUCAUUUAACAGCUAGGAUACUGCAGAGUUCAAACACACACCAUCAUGACAGGUAUUACUGUGACAGUCAGAUACUGUUAUCACUGACAGAGACAAAAUACAGUGAGGGAAAAAGUAUUUGAUCCCUGCUGAUUUUGUACGUUUGCCCACUGACAAACAAAUGAUCAGUCUAUAAUUUUAAUGGUAGGUUUAUUUGAACAGUGAGAGACAGAAUAACAACAAAAAAAUCCAGAAAAACGCAUGUCAAAAAUGUUAUAAAUUGAUUUGCGUUUUAAUGAGGGAAAUAAGUAUUUGACCCCCUCUCAAUCAGAAAGAUUUCUGGCUCCCAGGUGUCUUUUAAACAGGUAAUGUGCUGAGAUUAGGCGCACACUCUUAAAGGGAGUGCUCCUAAUCUCAGCUUGUUACCUGUAUAAAAGACACCUGUCCACAGAAGCAAAUCAAUCAAUCAGAGUCCAAACUCUCCACCAUGGCCAAGACCAAAGAGCUCUCCAAGGAUGUCAGGGACAAGAUUGUAGACCUACACAAGGCUGGAAUGGGCUACAAGACCAUCGCCAAGCAGCUUGGUGAGAAGGUGACAACAGUUGGUGCGAUUAUUCGCAAAUGGAAGAAACACAAAAUAACUGUCAAUCUCCCUCGGCCUGGGGCUCCAUGCAAGAUCUCACCUCAUGGAGUUGCAAUGAUCAUGAGAACGGUGAGGAAUCAGCCCAGAACUACACGGGAGGAUCUUGUCAAUGAUCUCAAGGCAGCUGGGACCAUAGUCACCAAGAAAACAAUUGGUAACACACUACGCCGUGAAGGACUGAAAUCCUGCAGCGCCCGCUAGGUCCCCCUGCUCAAGAAAGCACAUAUACAGGCCCGUCUGAAGUUUGCCAAUGAACAUCUGAAUGAUUCAAAGGAGAACUGGGUGAAAGUGUUGUGGUCAGAUGAGACCAAAAUCGAGCUCUUUGGCAUCAACUCAACUCGCCGUGUUUGGAGGAGGAGGAAUGCUGCCUAUGACCCCAAGAACACCAUCCCCACCGUCAAACAUGGAGGUGGAAACAUUAUGCUUUGGGGGUGUUUUUCUGCUAAGGGGACAGGACAACUUCACCGCAUCAAAGGGACGAUGGACGGGGCCAUGUACCGUCAAAAUCUUGGGUGAGAACCUCCUUCCCUCAGCCAGGGCAUUGAAAAUGGGUGGUGGAUGGGUAUUCCAGCAUGACAAUAACCCAAAACACACGGCCAAGGCAACAAAGGAGUGGCUCAAGAAGAAGCACAUUAAGGUCCUGGAGUGGCCUAGCCAGUCUCCAGACCUUAAUCCCAUAGAAAAUCUGUGGAGGGAGCUGAAGGUUCGAGUUGCCAAACGUCAGCCUCGAAACCUUAAUGACUUGGAGAAGAUCUGCAAAGAAGAGUGGGACAAAAUCCCUCCUGAGAUGUGUGCAAACCUGGUGGCCAACUACAAGAAACGUCUGACCUCUGUGAUUGCCAAAAAGGGUUUUGCCACCAAGUACUAAGUCAUGUUUUGCAGAGGGGUCAAAUACUUAUUUCCCUCAUUAAAAUGCAAAUCAAUUUAUAACAUUUUUGACAUGCGUUUUUCUGGAUUUUUUUGUUGUUAUUCUGUCUCUCACUGUUCAAAUAAACCUACCAUUAUAGACUGAUCAUGUCUUUGUCAGUGGGCAAACGUACAAAAUCAGCAGGGGAUCAAAAACGUUUUUCCCUCACUGUAACUUGUCUCGCUGCAGAUCACUCAGGUUCCUUCUCUCUCUCUCUCUCUCUCUCUCGCGUUCUCUCCUCCAGCAGUGUAUUUCACACCCCACUUUCCACUCCUCCACCAAUCAAACACACACACACCAUCUUGGCAUGUCUUCAGAGAGUGUGUCUCAGUGAUGUUGAACUAUUAAUGGUGUCAUGGCUGCUUGUAGUGAUGUUUUCAUACACAGCCACUCUCUGACUACACACUCGCAGGGUGUGUGUGUGUACACGUUCCAAACAGAGGAUGAAAGACUGAUGACUCAGAGGAAUACACGGUUACAGAAGAAGGUGACUGGCUGGCUGGCUGACUGUCUCUCUCUCUCUCGAUGCAUGAAAUAAAACAGCGUUUGUUGGAAGACAAAUCCCUAAAGCAACCUGUGAUAGCACAUAUCACAUUACAGAGGAGAGGAGAGGGGGAGAGUAGAGGAUAAGACAGGAUGAGAGGGGAGGAGAGGAUAAGACAGGAUGAGAGGCAAGAGGCUAAGACAGAAUGAGAGGGGUGAGGAUAAGACAGGAUGAAAGGGGAGAGGAGAGGAUAAGACAGGAUGAGAGGGGGAGAGGAUAAGACAGGAUGAGAGGCGAGAGGAUACGACAGGAUGAGAGGGGAGAGGAGAGGAUAAGACAGGAUGACAGGCAAGAGGAUAAGACAGGAUGAGAGGAUAAGACAGGAUGUGAGGGGAGAGGAUAAGACAGGAUGAGAGGCGAGAGGAUGAGAGGGGAGAGAAGAGGAUAAGACAGGAUGAGAGGCGAGUGGAGAGGAUAAGACAGGAUGAGAGGGGAAAGGAGAGGAUAAGACAGGAUGAGAGGUGAGAGGAGAGAGGACAGUAUAGAACCAGUACAUGUACAGUACUUUGUUCUACAAGUACACACCCACACAUAAACACACAAACAAACACACAGAUCCCUGGUGUGUCUCAAGGCUGCGUGUUAGUAUGUAACAUGUAAAUGAGCAGCAGUCCUCCAAUAAGAGGUCUGGGACUGAAACACAUGUCAUAUGACUGUUGACAAUGUCAAUAAGGUGUUUAUUUGGAACACUGGAGAUUCACUAACUCAAAGGUGAAGGCCUUUAGGGAGGGAGACAUGCUUUCUGCUGUAUUGACAUGAAUAUGAAACAUAAAAACUGUUUUAAGUGAGAAGUAGGGGGGAGUGAGAUGGGGGGACAUGGAUGAAUUUGUGGAGAGAGCCGGGAGGUGAAGACCAACACACAGCGAAACACACACACAUACAUAUAUGUGUGAGCAUGAGCGAGCUAGUAGCUAGUAGCCAGAUCCAGACAGACAGACAGACAGACAGACAGACAGACAGACAGACAGACAGACAGACAGACAGACAGACAGACAGACAGACAGACAGACAGACAGACAGACAGACAGACAGACAGACAGAUAGACAGACAGACAGACAGACAGACUUGUAAUAACCCAAUAGCUAGUUCAUAAUGACAGGUGUAGUGGUGUAUUCCGUUGGGCUGACAGAACUGGAGCCCCUGUGUAUUGGGAAGGGGGGUACACUAGUUAGACAACAGCUGGUAGGGAGAGGGAGAGAGAGAAACCUGGCCUCUCUCUGCUGCCAAUCUCUCUCUCUCUCUCUCUCUCUCUCUCUCUCACACACACACACACACACACACAAAGCUAUGGACGACUGGGGUUGAUCUUAAAUGUCAGCCCAACAAACUCUCACAGUCUCACUUCAGAAUUCAACGUUUGUCCAUAAACGUCGCAUUUCGAAAGUUAAGUUUAGGCAUUAAUUCUGAAUGGUUAAGGUAAGGGUUAAGGUUUGGGAUAGGGUUAAAACAUAAACAACUUGACGGUUAAGCUGAGGCAUUAAUUCAGAAUGGUUAUGGUAAGGGUUAAAGUUUGGGAUAGGGUAAAAAAAAUAUUUGUAAAAAACAAGUGCCAAAGAGUGGGAUUGACAAGCGACCCUCGGAGCUGGAACUCGCGGUUUACGCCCAUCUGUCAUCCCCGUCCACAGCGCUCUAGCAAACCGCAAGCCUACUUGAUGGUAAUAGCGCUCACCGUUGUGGCCGUUUUUUAAAUAAUCUCCCGACGUCAUGGGUAUCUGGACGGACGUCGAAUUUAGCCUUGGAUCUUGAGCGACCUGGCUGCCCAGCCUGAUCAAUAAUGCAGUGUGUGUGUGUGUGUGAUAUUUGUUUAUGCUUGUGGCUGGUGCCAACCUCAUAGUUUGUUCAUGAAUACGGUUAACUGCAUGGAGCUUUUCCAAGAACAAAAACACACACACCAAGACGCACGCGUGCACGCACACACGCAUUAGAAUGAAAAUGUGAUGUUAGAAUGAAAAUGUGUUGCCAAGGUGUGUGUUUAGCAGUUGUGAGGUGUGUUGGCUGUAGUGAGCGCUACAACAGCUUGACUGGGAGUGCCUGAUUCUAGGUAGUAGUGCUUUUGAGUGUGUGUGACGUGUCUUCAAUUAACUUCCAAACACACGCUUCUGCUUCAAUUAUAUACAGUAUAUGAUUGUGUCUGUAGUUCAUUUAUGAUUAUGUUACUGGCAGUCAUUACAGUCUAUUAUAGAACAUUGUAUAGUGGAUGUAUACACACGCUCACGUAUGCAUACAUACACUACCAGUCAAAAGUUUGGACACACCUAUUCAUUCAUUUUUUGCAUGGUAGAAUAAUAGUGAAGACAUCAAAACUAUGAAAUAACACAUAUGGAAUCAUGUAGUAACCAAACAAGUGUUAAACAAAUCAAAAUAUAUUUUAUAUUUGAGAUUCUUCAAAUAGCCACCCUUUGCCUUGAUGACAGCUUUGCACACUCUUGGCAUUCUCUCAACCAGCUUCAUGAGGUAGUCACCGGGAAGGCAUUUCAAUUAACAGGUGUGCCUUCUUAAAGGUUCAUUUGUGGAAUUUCUUUCCUUCUUAAUGCGUUUGAGCCAAUCAGCUGUGUUGUGACAAGGUAGGGGGGUAUACAGAAGAUAGCCCUAUUUGGUAAAAGACCAAGUCCAUAUUAUGGCAAGAACAGCUCAAAUAAGCAAAGAGAAACGACAGUCUAUCAUUACUUUAAGACAUGAAGGUCAGUCAAUAUGGACAAUUUCAAAAACUUUGAACGUUUCUUCAAGUGCAGUCACAAAAUCCAUCUAGCGCUAUGAUGAAACAGGCUCUCAUGAGGACCGCCAUAGGAAUGGAAGACCCAGAUUUACCUCUGCUGCAGAGGAUAAGUUCAUUAGAGUUACCAGCCUCAGAAAUUGCAGCCCAAAUAAAUGCUUCACAGAGUUCAAGUCACAGACACAUCUCAACAUCAACUGUUCAGAGGGGACUGUGUGAAUCAGGCCUUCAUGGUCGAAUUGCUGCAAAGAAACCACUACUAAAGGACACUAAGAAGAAGAAGAGAACUGCUUGGGCCAAGAAACACAAGCAAUGGACAUUAGACAGAUGAAAAUGUGUCCUUUGGUCUGGAGUCCAAAUUGGAGAUUUUUGGUUCCAACCGCCGUGUCUUUGUGAGACACGGUGUGGGUGAACGGAUUAUCUCUGCAUGUGUAGUUCCCACCGUAAAGCAUGGAGGAGGAGGUGUUAUGGUGUGGGGGUGCUUUGCUGGUGACACUGUCUGUGAUUUAUUUAGAAUUCAAGGCACACUUAACCAGCAUGGCUACCACAGCAUUCUGCAGCGAUACGCCAUCCCAUCUGGUUUGGGCUUAGUGGGACUAUCAUUUGUUUUUCAACAGGACAAUGACCCAACACACCUCCAGGCUGUGUAAGGGCUAUUUUACCAAGAAGGAGAGUGAUGGAGUGCUGCAUCAGAUGACCUGGCCUCCACCCAAUUGAGAUGGUUUGGGAUGAGUUGUACGGCAGAGUGAAGGAAAAGCAGCCAACAAGUGCUCAGCAUAUGUGGGAACUCGUUCAAGGGUGGUUAUUUGAAGAAUCUCAAAUAUAAACUAUAUUUUGAUUUGUUUAACACUUUUUUGGUUCCUACAUGAUUCCAUAUGUGUUAUUUCAUAGUUUUGAUGUCUUCAUUAUUAUUCUACAAUGUAGAAAAUAGUUGAAAUAAAGAAAAACCCUUGAAUGAGUAGGUGUGUCCAAACUUUUGACUGGUACUGUACAUAUUGCUCCAUCUUGUCAACCCUUUUCUCUUUCUCCUUUUGUUUCCAAGGCUACUUCUCCCUCUGUUCCUCUGCCCCUGUUGACUGUACUGCUAGGUGGAUGUGAACAGAUCUACAGGAUUUCAACCAGGUGGGGGAACAUGUAUUGGGGAAAAACAUUGUCACCACCACACUGUAACUGAACAGGAGAAAGGAUACAUGCUGAAAUGGAUCAAUGAGAUUAGAAACCCUGAGGGUUGAGAGGGGAGAGGACAGGGUAGUACAAAGGUCCACAGACUGAACAGACAGAGAGUACAGAGACAAGCUGUGUUAGUUAAUUUCAUACUAUUGUGUGUGUGUGUGUGUGUGUGUGUGUGUUUAGCAGCUAGUAGCCAGAUCUCAGCAGACAGACAGAUAGACAGGCAGACAGACAAACUCGUAAUAACUCAAAGCAAACACAUUCGACGGUACCUCUUCACCAAACACUGCAAAACAGCAAACACAAUUACAGAGGCUCAUCUGUUUGGCAGAAACCCCAGUCUGGCCUGGAACCUAGCAUGGCAACUCUCAGUGCCAUCUCCAUAUGUGCCACCAACUGGGUGGGUGGGUGGGGGGGGGAGAGAGGGAGAGGGAGAGAGAGAGGAAUUGAACGUUCAGCAUUUUCCUGAUCAGAUAUGGUAAAUGCCGCACUUUCCAGCUUAUCUCAAAGUCAGAGAUAUUACUUUAGAUCAAUUAAUUAUUAAGAGAUUUAAGAGAAACUUGAAAGACUUAAGAUAAACUUUUUUUUAUUUCAGACGAUGUUGGAGGACACUGAUGUAUCUGAUGUGAUCUGUUAAACCAAUGAAAUAUUUCCCUAACUGGUAGUUGUUAACCGGGAAGACAAAGAGUGGUGUAGACACAUUUUACCAAUAUGCAUGACUACACAGUCUUGGAUUUUCUCGGACACUUUCUGUUGCUACUGUGAUAUUAGAGAAAGUGAGUGCGUGUGUGUCAAAUCAAAUCGUAUUGGUCACAUACACAUAUUUAGCAGACGUUAUUGCGGGUGUAGCGAAAUGCUUGUGUGUGUGCGUGUUUUCGUUCCCCCUCUCUAUCUCUCUCCUCUCUUUUUCUCCCAUGUCUAUCUCCAAGCCAAAACAUCAGGACCUCAACUCACAACCUGUCUACUACCCCCCCCAUCUCUCUCCCACUCCCGCUGUCCCCCUGCUGUCUCGCUCUUCCUGCUGUCUAUUCCAGACUUUCGUGUGGCUAAACUGCACAUUCUAAAUAUCGCCACUGAUGCCAUAAAGACAGAAAAGCCUGGACAUGGUACAUGAUGCUCCCAAGAGCUUCAUUCAAGUACAAACAUUGAAAACAUCUCCAUAGCCAUCUCUGUGUUUGUGUGUCUGUGUGUAGAGACUGGCAUAUUUCCAAUAAUUAUCAGCUACCAACAGCUGAUUCCUCUGAUCUGACGCAAAUGGGCUGAAGAGUGUGUGUGUGUGUGUCAGUGUGUGUGUUAGCCCCUGGGGGGACAGUGGUGAUCUAUAUCACCAGUGCAGGAGAUAGCAUGGUGUCAUUGACUUCAGAUUGAUCCUAGGGCUGUCCCUGACUAAAGAAAAUCUUGGUUGACCAAGAGUUGUCUGUUGGUCGAAAUUGGUUGACAUUUUUAAAUGUGCAUUUUUCCAUAUAUAGACACAUCCUAUGCAUGUGUUUUAAUCAAAUCAACGAUAUGCACUGAGCUUGUCUGAUGCUUUAAGGGAACUGUUUGAUGAAAUAAUUAAGACAAACAAAUUACUAGAGGGAGUCCGACCACAAUUGAUUUGAUUGUGCCGGGCCGGGCUCAGCCUUGCUGCGCUGUGUUAAAAAAACAGCGAGUGACUGUGUGACUAGCACCCAUUGCCUCUCUCUCCUCCCUGCUGCAGCGACGAUCAACAGUGUGUAUCGCGCUGUCCAUGUUGCUGAAGCUGCAACAUAAUUAUAGCCAUUUCUAACUGAAAAGUUAUGUUACCGAAAUACCUCAUUUGUUUAGGAAAAACAUUCCCUAUUCCCUCAACCUUUGCUCUCUUUACGUGACACAUGUAUGCACCAAUAGGGCCUGAUGUAUAGCAUAUCAUAAUCACAUCAAUAAAUUGGUCAUAACAAACUCAGAACACCAUAACACAUGACAGCAAAAUGGAUGCAGAGGAUGUAAUGGGAAUGUUUACUGGUUGCUCAGGAGGUAAAGGGGAAGUCAGAUGUGUGGAAUCAAUUUGACUAGUUGUGGAAAAUACUGGCGAUCAAGAAAAAAAAGGUAAGGAGCAAGCACUGCGUGCAUAUUAUGUGUGCCAAACAGGUGCUUUUAGAUUACAAUAUAUUUUUUCUGACCGUUUGGAACAAUGUAAACAACACUAAAGAAAUUAUAUGUUUUUUUGUAACGCAAGUUACGGUAUGAAGACUAAACAGGAUGCGCUCUUAGGCCUACAGCUCGAUUGUAGCAGGUGAUUUAACGGAGUCAGGUGCAGGAGGUGUAAAUCACAGAAUCAAUGGUUUAUUAGGCCAAUACAGCGGUUCGCAGCAAUGCGUAAAACAACUACAGUGCGGUAUAACGGCGCACUGGAGAAAAACAAAAUACACGGGUGAAUAUCCUGGCAAUACAGUACAUAAAGCUCCACCGAGCUAUCGACAGCUCCACGAGACAAUCACACACAAGGACAUGGGGGGCAGAGGGAAUACUUAUACAGGGACUGAUGAGGGAAUAUGAACCAGAUGUGUAUAAAAACAAGACAAAACAAAUGAAAUGAUGAGAUGAGGAGCGACAGUGGCUAGAAGGCCGGUGACGACGAACGCCGAAGCCUGCCUGAACAAGUAGAGGAGGCAGCUUCAGAGGAAGUCGUGACAUCGAUGGUGGUUAUAUAAGACUGCUAUAGUAAGCCUACUAAUGAUAAUGACAUUACUUAUUAUUACAAUGAUGAUCAUAAUAAUAGUAAUAAUAACAAUAAGAAGGAGAUCAAGGAAAAAGGAGGGUUAUUAUUAUUAUCAUAAUUAUAAUUAUUAUAAAUAUACUUUUUCUGACAAUUUGGAAAAGUGUAAACAACACUAAAUAAAUUAUAAAUAAUACCAGAGAGGCUGGUCUAACAAAAAAAGUGUAUAGCCUUUAUCCAAACCAUCUCAAUUGGGUUGAGGUCGGGGGAUUGUGGAGGCCAGGUCAUCUAAUGCUGCACUCUAUCACUCUCCUUCUUGGAAAAUAGCCCUUACACAGCCUGGAGGUGUGUUGGGUCAUUGUCCUGUUGAAAAACAAAUGAUAGUCCCACUAAGCCCAAACCAGAUGGGAUGGCGUAUCGUUGCAGAAUGCUGUGGUAGCCAUGCUGGUUAAGUGUGCCUUGAAUUCUAAAUAAAUCACAGACAGUGUCACCAGCAAAGCACCCCCACACCAUAACACCUCCUCCUCCAUGCUUUACGGUGGGAACUACACAUGCGGAGAUCAUCUGUUCCCCCACACCGCGUCUCACAAAGACACGGCGGUUGGAACUAAAAAUCUCCAAUUUGGACUCCAGACCUAAGGACAAAUUUCCACCGGUCUAAUGUCCAUGGCUCUUGUUUCUUGAACCAAGCAGGUCUCUUCUUCUUAUUGGUGUCCUUUAGUAGGGGUUUCUUUGCAGCAAUUCGACCAUGAAGGCCUGAUUCACACAGUCCCCUCUGAACAGUUGAUGUUAAGAUGUGUCUGUGACUUGAACUCUGUGAAGCAUUUAUUUGGGCUGCAAUUUCUGAGGCUGGUAACUCUAAUGAACUUAUUCUCUGCAGCAGAGGUAAAUCUGGGUCUUCCAUUCCUGUGGCGGUCCUCAUAAGAGCCAGUUUCAUCAUAGCGCUUGAUGGUUUUUGAAACUGCACUAGAAGAAACUUGACAUUUUCCGUAUUGACUGACCUUCAUGUCUUAAAAUAAUGAUGGACUGUCGUUUCUCUUGGCUUAUUUGAGCUGUUCUUGCCAUAAUAUGGACUUGUUCUUUUACCAAAUAGGGCUAUCUUCUGUGUACCCCCCUACCUUGUCACAACACAACUGAUUGGCUCAAAUGCAUUAAGAAGAAAAUAAAUUCCACAAAUUAACUUUUAAGAAGGCACACCUGUUAAUUGAAAUGCAUUCCAGGUGACUACCUCAUGAACCUGGUUGAGAGAAUGCCAAGAGUGUUCAAAGCUGUCAUCAAGGCAAAGGGUGGCUAUUUGAAGAAUCUCAAAUAUAACAUGUAUUUUGAUUUGUUUAACACUUUUUUGGUUACUACAUGAUUCCAUAUGUGUUAUUUCAUAGUUUUGAUGUCUUCACUAUUAUUCUACAAUGUAAAAAAUAGUAAAAAUAAAGAAAAACCCUUGAAUGAGUAGGUGUGUCCAAACUUUUGACUGGUACUGUAUAUGGAUGAUUUAGAAAGCCAGGCACAUUUAACAGUUGUGCUAUUGAUUACAGACCAAACUAAGUUUGGGUUUCCUCUCACCACACUUUUCUUAUACAAUUAAGGCAAGGGAUGUUUUCUUGUCUCCUAACUCCGCUGCUGCCACUACCGCAUUGUUCUCAACACCAAUAUGCUGGUUAACUUUGCUAUUAUGCACAUAGCAACCAGUGGAGGCUGCUGAGGGGAGGACGGCUCAUAAUAAUGGCUGGAACGGAUACCAUUCCACUUAUUCCGCUCCAGCCAUUACCAAUAGAUCGUUCUCCCUAAUUAAGGUGCCACCAACCUCCUGUGAUAGCAACAUGGUCUAGGAAAAGGCGCCAAUUCAACAGCGGACUGAUGUCUUUCAGAACCGCUGACAGCGACCACUAUCCAACGUCAGAAAAAGCGCACCAUUGUUCUUACAUAAUAUAACCAUAUACAAUUUCAGUAGCAAACGUCUUAGACUGAUGGACUGUGCCAUCCCCACGGCCUCCACAAUGGAUGAGUCCACUCAGACAGGCACGAAUCAGACCGGUAUCUUUUACACCAUGAUUUUUUAUACAUAUUUUUUGCUACUGCUCAACUAAAGAAAUCUCGGUCGACCAACAGCCUAUCAACCAAACAGUCGACCAGUCGACUAAAUUGGGUCAGCCCUAAUUGACCCUAAAGCUAGACCACAACACUGAUAGUCACAUACACUAUAUAUAUACAAAAGUAUGUGGACACCCCUUCAAAUUAGUGGAUUUGGCUAUUUCAGCCACACCCAUUGCUGACAGGUGUAUAAAAUCAAGCACACAGCCAUGCAAUCUCCAUAGACAAACAUUGGCUGUAGAAUGGCCUUACUGAAGAGCUCAGUGACGUUCAACGUGGCACCGUCAUAGGAUGCCACCUUUCCAACAAGUCAGUUCGUCAAAUUUCUGCCCUGCUAAAGCUGCCCCAGUCAACUGUAAGUGUUGUUAUUGUGAAGUGGAAACGUCUAGGAGCAACAACAGCUCAAUUGCGAAGUGGUAGGCCACACAAGCUCACAGAACGGGACCGCUGAGUGCUGAAUCGCGUAGCGCGUAAAACUUGUCUGUCUUCGGUUGUAACACUCACUACCGAGUUCCAAACUUCCUCUGCAAGCAACGUCAGCACAAGAACUGUUCGUCGGGAGCUUCAUGAAAUGGGUUUCCAUGGCCGAGCAGCCACACACAAGCAUAAGAUCACCAUGCGCAAUGCCAAGCGUCGGCUGGAGUGGUGUAAAGCUCGCCGCCAUUGGACUCUGGAGCAGUGGAAACGCAUUCUCUGGAGUGAUGAAUCACACUUCACCAUCUGGCAGUCCGACGGACAAAUCUGGGUUUGGCGGAUGCCAGGAGGACGCUACCUGCCCGAAUGCAUAGUGCCAACUGUAAAGUUUGGUGGAGGAGGAAUAAUGGUCUGGGGCUGUUUUUCAUAGUUUGGGCUAGGCCCCUUAGUUCCAGUAAACAGAAAUGUGAACGCUACAGCAUACAAUGACAUUCUAGAUGAUUCUGUACUUCCAACUUUGUGGCAACAGUUUGGGGAAGGCCCUUUCCUCUUUCAGCAUGACAAUGCCCCCGUGCACAAAGCGAGGUCCAUACAGAAAUGGUUUGUCAAGAUCGGAGUGGAAGAACUUGACUGGCCUGCACAGAGCCCUGACCUCAACCUCAUCUAACACCUUUUUCCUUGUGCGGACUGGUGAAAUGUCCCCACUUGGACGAAUUUUCCUUGUUUUACUAUCCUUCUGAGAACUUCUGGUCCCCACAAGGAUAGUAAAACCAAAAACAUACAAACACAGGCGCACAGACGCACGCACACACACACAGCACAGGGCCCCUCAUACUCCUUCCCUGUAAUUACCCAUCCUAUGAGAUUGUUCAUUAAUCCUCGCCUGGAAAUAGACUCACACACCCCGUUAUUAGUGGCUACAUAAUGAUAUCUCUCUCUCACUCUCUUCCCCUCCAUCUCCCUCUCUCUAUUAUGGCAGCACCAGCACCAGUCUUCUCUUAGAAGAACACAGAUUCUUAUUCCAGAAGCUUCCCGGAAACGGCUGAGGUACCGGGGAAUUCCCAAAUCCAACACAGAGAACAGAAUUCCCAAACAGAGAAUAUGGGACACUGGCUGCAUUCCUCUGGGUUGCUAUUUGAAAUGGGAAUGCUGGGAAAAGCUGCUGUACAGAGUCUGGUGUUCAACUGGGCUUAUGGUCAGGAUUAAAACUAAAGCCCAAACCCUUUCCAGCUGACUAUACAGGCAUAAGUGUAGCCCUCUCACACUCAGUAUGAAGCCCACUGAAACACUAACUCCAUAAUUAACCAACACAACAUAACCACUGUUUAAUAACAACUUGUACUUUUAUUCCAACUCCCGUAUUCAUCCAUUUAUCCACCUCUCUCUUCACGUCUCAUUUUUCCCACACCCCUCCUAAUGGCCAAUCCAUCCCUCUCUCCAAAUGUCUCCUUCCUCCACACUGCAACUCUACAAAGGAACCCAACUGUGUGAGUGGGAGAGAAAGAGAGAAAGGUGGGCAGAGAGGAGGGAUUGGGGUGCUGUGCUUCGCUGAGAAAGCAGAGUUGGUGGGCUCUGACUGUGUGUGAACAGAUGUCUGUGUGUGUGUGUGUGUGUGUGUGUGUGUGUGUGUGUGUGUGUGUGUGUGUGUGUGCACGCGCUUCUGUGUGUGCAAGUGUGUAAGAACAUCUCCAAAUUAAUAACAGCCAAUUAAGCCCACUAUGGUGCUAGCCUGCACCGAGGCUCAUUAGAGGUGUGUGUGCAAUAGUACGCAUGUGACAGCAGGAAAUAGAUGCUGACGAUGUGCGCUUUUCAUCACAUUAUCACACUGUCUCAUGGAUGAGAGGCUGCAGACUGUCUUCAUCUGGUGUUAGUCUUUUAAUAGGAGAGGAGAAGGAGAGGAAGUGAAAGGAGAGGAGGAGAGGAUGUUAUUUUCUCAACGCACUCAUUAACCGUUCUGUUGCAUGUGGAACCAAAUGUUUAGGAGUGCAUGAUUUUUAAACCCCAGCACACACACAACUAACUGCCAAUCAGAUAUCAUUUAGGCCUACACCAGUACAAUGCACAUAACUGUUUUAUUCAAAGCCUGCAUUGUGUACCCUUGAGUUGAAACAGUGGAUUGGGCAUUAUAAUUUUUUUUCAUGAAUGGUGCAUUUUAUAGGUUUAUAUACAGGAUUAUAUUUGGUGUGUGUUUGUGUGUCGUGUGAGAAAAUUAUUUCUGUACUUGACUUAAUACUGCCCUCUGGUGUUUAUGAUGCAACAUCACUGCCCAACCAAAACAGUUUGGUGUUUUGAUGUUUGUGGGUCUGAAAGCUGCUUCAAAGGUGAAAGCUACAUGAGAACAUGACCAAAAAACAUGCUCCCAGGGUUUUUGUCUCAGAGGCAGACCUUUCAGGGUACAUAUGGGCCUUCAUAUGUAAAUCUGUAGUGACAGACUGACCACUUCAAAACCUUUCAUAGAGACCAUGACUGACUAAUAGAGCUAAACAUGGUAUAGUUUGGAGAGCUUAACACCUCACAGAGAAAGAGAGAGCUUUCUAGAACAACAGAGCCAGGGUUGGUGACCACGGUCUAAAUAAAGGACCAGUAUAGACAGAAAACUCAGUCAGCAAUCAAUCAGAAAGAGCAUUUUUUUUUCAAAAUGCAUGGUCUUUCUAAGCUUCAUCCAUCUGUCCAUUGAAAUUAAGAGCCAUCAAACGUUUGAGUUAGGCUACUUAGUUUCUCACCACUGUGAACCCUGAGUGCUCAAUGCACCUGUAAGUGAAAAAGCCUCUUUCAAUAUGCCAAUCUGCCUAGCAACAACUAUACAGAAACCCAGUGAAGGCUGAAAGAGGAGAGGGCAACUCCCAAACAGCAAAGAGCUCCAGACAGAAAACAGGAAGGUUGUAUGGGAGAAAAAACACUCCAAGGCUUUUCACUCCGGCGACACGGCUCCAUCUAAAUGACAAAGACACAAAGACCAGUUAAAGCGGAGCACGAAACACACCGACAAAAGGAGAGAAAGAAGAGAAAAAAAUAGAAAAACAAAAACAACGUCUGUGCACCUUACACACACACACACACACACACACACGCACACCUCUUUUCACUAUGCUUUUGUGCCCCUGCUUCUGUUUUCCCUGUUGCCUCUCAGCUCCCAUGCCCAACUCUUCCGUGUGUGUGUGUGUGUGUGUGUGUAUGUGUGUGUGUGUGCCUGUGCGUUUGUGUGCGUGUAGCCUGCUGUGCCAACAGAGAAGUCGACGGGGUGCAGCGGAUUGGCGACCGGAGGAAGAGAAGCUGACAGUAAAUAAAAGAGAGCGAGGCCAGGCUGAAGGAAGUAGCUUUCUCAGAGUGGUAGUUCAUUACACCUGACCUUCACACUGACCCACAGAGAAUACAGUAGCAGGACCACUGCUAUGACACCGUCACCGGGCCACACACACACACCCAGAAGCAGUUUCCGUCUAUUCUCUUCAGUAUCGAGAGGGGAAGUGGAGUGGAGCUGGCCCAGACCCAGAGAGAGAGCGAUAACCGAGCCAGCCUGGAAAAGCCUUUCUAGGUUCUGACUCCUUACAAAGACCCCUGACUCUCAGUCUCUCUCUCGCUCUCUCAAUCUCUCGCUCUCUCUCUCUGUCUCACACUUUGUCUCUCUCAUUUGUUUAGUGGCUGUAUGUUCUAGUAUAGACUGGAAUAAAGUCAGGCCUACCUUGGGCCAUUUGGGGUUAAGCAGGCGGGCUUUGAGGGCGUCAUCCAGGGCGGUCUGGUACUGUCCCAGAUGGAGAAGGGCCGCAGAGCGGUUACUGUACAGGAUGCAGUUCUGAGGGUCCGCAGACAGGGCCUCCCCGUAGAGCUGCACCGCCAGGCUGUACUGCCCUUGCUGGCAUGCCUGAUUACUGCGACGCACUGCCUCCAGAAACUCUGCCUUAGAAAGGAUAGGAGGCCCGGGAGGGAUGGAGGGAGGGAUGGAAGGAUGAGGGUCUGUCUGACAGAGAGGGGGAGGGAUGGGGCGAGCAGAGGUACAGGACGAAGAGGACGAAGAGGGAGGGUUGGUGGUUCGGGUAGAAGAGCGAGGGCCGAAGAGAGAGAACUGAGGAGGAGAGGAGAGAGGGGGGAGGAAGAAGAGAAAUGUGGGGAGGAG